AUGCCAAAGGACAAUCACAGCGUCAUUUGCGAAGAAGGCCUGCUUCUCCGAACCGAUGGCACCGGCUUUCAGCAUCGAUCCUCCUGUGACACCUGGAGCCAGCACUUCGAGCAGCCUGUGCCCCUCGUCAGCAUCCUCGCUUAUCUCCACUGGACUGGCGAGCGCCUUGCGCUGGCGGCGGAGCACCCCUCGGAUGUGCCGAAGCUCGAGAAGAUGCGCCAGACGAUCACAGAAGAAUGGUUUGGUGACUUGUCGAUGGAGUACCUCGGAAGAUGGAACCCUGGGGUGCUCCCGGGCUUCGCCAACCUCACUCAUCCUCGGAUCUUCACUGGCGCCGAGUUGGAGAAGUACUUGGACCAGGAGAACUAUGGCUCUCCCAGCGCCCCGCGGCUCUUCGGCGCUCUGCUUUUCAAUUCCGUCGGUGGGGACGGCGGAAUGGGCGCCACGGGCAAGUGGGACCCCUGGGCGGCAGAGUUGCUUGUGUUUGGAUCUUGCCAUGGAGGCAGAGGGCCUUGGCAUAAUGGUAGGGGGCCUGAAAAAUUAGAAUAG